UUGCAGCGUGCAUGUGGGCACGUUUUUAAAACCAGGAAGUAAACCGUGGAAGGUCAGCAAUAUUUACUAGUUGGAGGAUAGUGUUUGUACUUCUAUGGUUUGGUCAGAGUCGAUGACCAUGGAUUUGUAAUCAGAACUUAGUGGGACAUUCUGGAGCUGCAUCAACACAGUGAUAUAUCAUAUAACUGACAUGAAAAUUAGACCUGACAGACAGAAAAGACACGAAACAUGUUUGAGAAUUUCAGAGAGAAGCUUCUGACUGUGCAGCAGGAUUUCACAACAGGGAUCAAGACGCUGAGUGACAAGUCAAAAGAAGCAAAGAUCAAGAAGAAGCAGAGGAGCGAGGACCAUCAGCCAAAGUUUUCAGCAGGAGUGGAGCUACUUAACAGGUAUGAAGAUACCUGGGUGACCCUUCACAAGCGAGCCAAGGAGUCUGCAAUAGCUGGCGAGGCUGUGGAUGAGGAAGUGGUGAUGCUUUCUGCACACUGGGAGAAGAGGAGGAAUGGGCUCUUGGAACUGCAGGAACAGCUCCAGCAAAUCCCAGCCUUCCUAUUACACCUGGAAUCCAUCACUUCCAAAAUAUCCCACCUGGCGGCGGACUUUGAGGAGCUGGAGGGCCACUUGAUGCACCUUGAAGACCUGUGUGGACAGUGUGAGAUGCAGCGCUAUAAGCAGUUUCAGAUGCAGCAGGUGGAAAAUUACAAGAAGAAAAAAAGGAAAGAACUUGAAACCCUGAAAGCUGAGCUGGAUGCAGAGCAUGCUCAGAAGGUGUUUGACAUGGAACAUACUCAACAGAUGAAGCUGAAAGAACGGCAGAAGUUUUUUGAAGAGGCUUUUCAGCAAGAUAUGGAGCAGUAUUUAUCCACCGGGUACCUACAGAUAGCAGAGAGACGAGAGCCAAUAGGCAGUAUGUCGUCUAUGGAGGUGAAUGUAGACAUGCUGGAGCAGAUGGACCUCAUGGACAUGUCUGACCAGGAGGCACUAGACGUCUUUCUAAACUCAGGGGGAGAAGACAAUAGUGUGGCCUCACCAAUGCUGGGGCCGGAGACGGAGGCGUACCCCACAGAGAUCUCCCUCCAGGUACCAAGCCAGGCCGAGCUGAGACACAAACUGUCCUCACUGUCCUCCACAUGCACAGAUUCAGCCAGCCAGGAGGCCAGCGAAGCGGGGAGCGAUUCCCCCAUCAUCCAGUCCGACGAGGAGGAAGUACAAGCAGACAACACACUGGCCAUACAGGAGAACAUCCUGGUCAAAGAGAACUCUGACAGUGACACCCAGACUGCUUAAAACAAUAUUAGACAUUUUCUCAUUUUUUUUUUUUUUUUAAACUUUCAUGAAAUGUUAUUGAAAGGAAACUACGGUUCCUUUGGUUUACCUGAUUGGUCUGGUUUUUUCUCUGAAUAUGUAUUGUAUCUAACAAGCUUCAGUACUGUACUGAAGCACAAAGUCAAACCCUUUGCUAGAACAAUAAAAUCAUAUUAGAUUAUUAUUA